CCCUAGCACACAGACACACGCUCACUCUCCCUAAAGGAGGGAGCCAGGCAGAGACACACAGAGGAUUGAGAGGAGCAGGAGAGGUGGCUAUCUCUGGACUGCUCUCCACUGCAGCGUCUGGCUUUCACUAAAAGGUCUAUGACCGUGUUUUUCCUGCGCUUGUUUCCCUAAUUUAUUCCUGCCGAGGCCAGCAGAAAGAAAGGCGGAACAGAGAAGAAGAAAAAAAGGACGGGCAGAAUAGUAAAGAGUGCAACAGUACACCCUGACUUGCUGACAGGGAAUGCAGAAAGGUUCUGGCCUCUGGUUGUUACUGCUGGAUGGACAAGCACUGACAAAACAAGAGACAAGACUUUGUGAGCUUUGAGAAAGGGGGAGAUUUCUCAACUCUGCUUUUUGUUCUGGCUCGUUGUUGUUUUACUGUGACAUCUGAGCCUCUAACACGACAGACUCGGAAGAGUUGGGGGAGCCACCAGAAAACAUCAUAACACCACAGACACAGAAGAGGAGGAACUAUUUGAUGAAAUUUGUUGCUGCAGAGACCACAAAGACAUUACUCCAGGAGUGAAAGGAGUGUAUCGUCUUUCUCAACGCUUAUUUAACUAUCAAGUGUGGAAUUGGUUUCAGUUGGAUGUUUUUUGCUAUUUAUCCGGCACAAAGGUGUUUAUAUUGUAUAUAAAAGCUGAAGUGACUCAGUGGUUGUGUCCUUUCAGAAUAUCAAAGAAAGAAACAAAAACCCAAUUUCCAAAACUCCCAACAAGCCUUUUUUUCUUUUCUUUUGGGGACAUAUGACUGAGCAUUUCCAGAGCAAAACAUGAUCUUAUUUUUCCUCUUCAUCACUAUCACCUUUGCUUCUAUAACAGCCCCGACAAGUCAAGAGUGAGUCUGGACUAGAACUGCCUCAGAUCAGCAGAUAACACCUCUGCACGGCAGGAACUGGUUGGACUAGUUUAUAAGUUGGAGGAGAGGGUAGGGCAGUUUAACCCUGCCUGAAGGAGAGCUGUGUUUUAUUUUCCUCCCACUUGCUUAUCCUUUGGGGAGAAAGUUGAGUGCUGAGAGAGGGGCAGAGCUUAUUUUUCAUUUGGAGAGCGACUCUGUUUUGUCCCUUGUCACUAUGCUUAGGGAUAGGUGAGGUGUUUAUCUUUUUACUUCUUCCAGGGGGGAGACGGAGAGAGAAAGUGGGAGGGAGAAAGAGUCAAAGUGUAAUUUAUUGUUUCCAGUGAAAAGAGCAAGGCUGCACCCUUUUUUCCUGCCUGAACUCUGAACCACUCAAUGUGUGUCUGAAGUUUUCUCAGACCUCGGGAGCCAGUGAUACGAGGUCAGGGCAGAGAACACAAGAAGGAAAGACCGGAACAGAGAGAGCAGAGGGAAUAAAGAAGAGCGAGAGAGAAAACAGCACUGGGAAAGACCUCCAGGUCAUUACAACCAGACGCCAAAGGGGAGAAAGGUCAACACGGGAGAGUCCGGGACGACUUUUUAUCCCACUUCUAGAUCCUUUUGGACAAAGCCUGCCGUUAAUACAAAUCUGGAGCCACUCUUUUCUUGUCUGGGACCAGUUUUUAGACUUUGAGGGUAGUUUGAAGCUGGGGGAGAGGGCGAGUCUGUGUAUGAUCUACUCACAGGACUGCGUGUUUCAAAGAAUAUGGCCAUGGUGAGCGGGGGAUGGGGCAACCCCAACGGGGACACUAAUGGACUGGGGGAGAAGGCUUACCUGAGGAGAGAGGAAGAGGAGGGCUCGCCUCAGGCCGGGAGCAGCGAUGUAGACGUCGGGGACGAGGACAAGGCCUGCGUGGUGGACUGUGUGGUGUGCGGGGACAAGUCCAGCGGGAAGCACUACGGCGUGUUCACCUGCGAGGGAUGCAAGAGCUUCUUUAAGAGGAGCAUCAGACGAAACCUUAACUACUCCUGCAGAUCAAAUCGAGAAUGCCAAAUCGACCAGCAUCACCGCAACCAGUGCCAAUACUGCCGUCUGAAGAAAUGUUUCCGUGUAGGAAUGCGCAAAGAAGUCCAGAGGGGCCGAAUCCCUCCAUCUCACUCAGGUAUCAGUCCCAACUCCCUGCCAGGUGGGGUUGCAGGCGCAGGGCCAGGUCAUAUUGGGGCGGACUUCUUCAACGGGCAGCCGGUGUCAGAGCUCAUCUCCCAGCUCCUCCGGGCUGAGCCGUACCCCAGCAGCCGAUACGGGACCCCGUACAGUCAGGCACAGAUGCAGGCGUCUGCGAGUGGAGCCUCCGUCAUGGGCAUCGACAGCAUCUGUGAGCUGGCUGCCCGGCUCCUCUUCAGCACCAUUGAAUGGGCCAGAAACAUCCCAUACUUUCCAGAACUGCCAGUCUCAGAGCAAGUGGCGCUGUUGAGGCUGAGUUGGAGCGAGCUCUUCAUCCUGAACGCGGCUCAGUCUGCUCUGCCUCUACACAUGGCUCCUCUGCUGGCAGCUGCCGGGUUUCACUCAUCUCCCAUGUCUGCUGAGCGCGUGGUGUCCUUCAUGGACCAGGUCAGGAUUUUCCAGGACCAGGUGGACAAACUGAACAGGCUGCAGGUGGACUCAGCCGAGUACAGCUGCCUCAAAGCCAUUGCACUCUUUUCACCUGAUGCAUGUGGUCUGACAGACCCAGCCCAUGUGGAGUCCCUACAGGAGAAGGCCCAGGUCGCCCUAACAGAGUACGAGAGGUUGCAGUACCCCAACCAGCCGCAGCGCUUCGGCCGCUUACUGCUGCGCCUCCCGGCUCUGCGUGCCGUGCCGGCCAACCUCAUCUCCCAGCUCUUCUUCAUGCGACUGGUGGGCAAGACACCCAUCGAGACGCUGAUCCGAGACAUGCAGUUAUCAGGGAGCUCCAUCAGCUGGCCCUAUGUACCGGGACAGUGAACCCUGUUGACUCCAGAGUGAGACAGACUGAGAUCAGAUUGGGAGGAAUCAGAGCUCACAGAAAGUUAUGAACACAAACUGGGAUUUCAGAUGUUUAAGGUCCUUGUCAUCAGCUUUUCCCACAUUAGCUCUGAAAAGUUGGAAGUCACACCACAGCUGCUGUCAGGGAAACAAAAAUGGGUAAUUGUAAUAUAUUUGCAGCACUUGUCAGUUUUGCUCUGGCCUCCGUCUGAUUUCUCUGUCUCAUUUUGGACAAAAACACAGGGCUUUAAUUAAAAUGAAGACUCUAACAUGAGGCCAUGUGCCUGUACUACCUCUUCCCAGAUCACCCUUAAUGUGACUCCGUUUGAACCCAGGCUCUGUGUUUCCCCUCUGCUUUGUUUUUCAAGUGAAAAUGAAGCCAUAGCAGCGCCACUUUUACAGGCAGAGCUUUAUAUCGGAGACAUGUCGUGCAAAUCAUACCUAAGUCGUUUCAUGUUUGAUAAGUGGGAUAAAAAUAUCACACUCUUUUACCAAAUGUAUUUGUGAAGAUGUAUCCAAGUAUCACCUUUUACAGCAUUUAAACAAAGAAGAGGCAUGGGCAUUGUAUUGUAUGUCAUACUUUAUGAAGUACUGUAUAUACAAGACAUGUAUGUUAUGUACUUAUAGGAGAAGUUAGGGGAAAUACGCUUAUGAUCAUUUGAUGAGAAGAUUGAUUCCACAUAGACAGUACUUCUAGACAGUAAAUAUGAAGACAGAAGUCUUUAUGCUAAGCUAAGCUAACCAGCUGCUGGGUUGAGCUCGGUAUUUACUGUACUCUCAGCAAAUAGAAGUGAAUAACCAUAUUUCUUAAAAUGUAAAGCUAUUCCUUUAAUAUAGUAUGUUAUACAAUAAUGUUCUUGCGUGUGAAUGUACUUAAACACACCCUGGCUCCUCAGACAGUCACAUCCCUGUUAAACAUUAUUACCUCAUGUUUUAUACAUCAAAUACAAAGAUUGUAUAUUCAUGUGCUAAAGAUAAAUACAAAAGGGAUCAAGGCAUCUUUAUCAGAAACCAGAAAUACCACUAAUAUUCCUCUAUAGACUUGUCUGUCCAGCAGACUUUGGCCAAAAUAUAUUUGUUUGAAAUGCAAUGCUUAAUGAUUGAAGGGCACCCAAAGUUUGACAUAUUAUUUACAGAAAGCUACACUUAGUCAAGUGACUCAAGUUUCUGGUUAAUCUCAAACUGGAGACUGUUUCCUUUACUUUUAUAAGAGCAGAGGUAAUUAAUUCUCAUUUCUUUUUACACAUGGUCCCAUUGCAGAAGCAGUGUGACAAAGCACGGCCUAACGUGGACAGAGGUCACUUUCAGAUAAUUAUUAUGCUUGUGCAAGGUACUCUGAGUGUUGUAAGUGUUGUAAAGGUUAUGGUGUUUGUUGGUACUGAGAUAAAGGGUACUUGGUAGUUACAUUCAUGAGUGUUAUUGCCAUGAAGUGCAGCUCAAUGUGACAAAUGUUUUUCUUACCAAAUUAACUGACUGAAAGGAAAGACAAUGUGGUGACAAAUGUGUUUUUGGUAUGACUUCUUGUACUACCCAUAAAAAAGGCAACAAUGCUCACCGAUGCUUUCAAACAACUUCAUCAUCAGCACUUCAUGCUGUCCUUCAGUCACUUUGUGUUAUUUGUUGGAAUAUAAACGGUAGUGAUUUGACUGUGUAAAGCUUUACUUUUAAAAGAAGCAUGUUUUUUAUGAACAUGCCAAACCUAAAAAAUGCAAAAGAAGUUCAUAUGAAUGAUUAUUUUAUUCAGUUUUUUGAGUUUUGCACUGUUGAUCGGACAAAACAAGACAUUUGAAGAUGUCACCUUCUCCUCUCAGAACUUGUGAUGGGCCUUUUUCACUAUUUGUGACAUUUUGUAGACUAAAUUAAUAAGCAAUUAAUUGCAAAAACAAACAGAUGAACAGAUAAUGAAAAUAAUCGUUAGUUGCAGCUGUAUUUCUGAUAUUGGACGUACACAUGCAGUCAAUUUUAUGUAUAGCUCAAUAUCACAAAAAUGUAUUUGGCUCAAGGGGCUUUACAAUCUGUACAGUAUACAACACCCUCUGUCCUUUUGGACCCUCGCUUCAGAUAAAGAAAAACUCCCCAAAAAUUGCCUUUUAACAUGGAUUAAAUUGCACGUUUGGGGUGCAGUGCCACCCCGUGCCCCCCUUCUAGCCCCGCCCCUGUCUGCUGGAGAUAAUACUAAAGCAAAAAAUAAAAGCAUAAAAAAGUGCAUUUUCAAUAGGGACACAGCAAACAGUGGUGCUGAACAGCUUUGGUAAAAGAGUUUUAAAGUAGUUUACCAAAAGAGGGCAGCAGCAGCUUACCUUAAGCUGACUGUGAUUGGAUCAACAGUUUUCCCUGAAGUUCCCUUGCUCUCCCUGCUGGACGCUCACUGCAGAUGCACAGAGCUACAGAUAUCUGCAAACCAGCAGUGUCAGCAAAAAAUUUAAAAUAAGUGAAAAAAUAAGAGACAGGCUUAUCUAAUUUUAAGAGAAUUAGAGAUGUUUAUUAUUAUUGAACUCAAUACGUUUUAGACAUCAUACCUUAUGGAAGUAUACAGUUACAAAAAUGGUCAAAGAAAACAAAUUCAUACAAAAAUAAAUGGCUCGCAAAUGGUUUGUAAAAUAACAAUGUUUUUCAUAAAAUACAAAUUGAUGAUCAAAAGUGCGUCUAAACUAUUUUAUAAUGUACACUAGAUCGUAACACUUUGCACAUGAAGUGGAUUAAUACAAAAAUUAUCACACAUGGAAUCAGCAGAUGAUCAUUUUUCAUUGGCAAAAAAUCUAAUAAAUGAAAAGAUGAGCGUAGCUUAUAGACAGUGACAGAAACAGAGUAUUCCAGUUUGUUGAGGAGUGUGCAAGAUAAAAAAUAUAAAAAUAGUCUGGAUGUUUUUACUCAUUUGCAUAGCUGAAGCACAUUUUGAAUGAUUAAAAAACAAGCCACUAUGGGUCUUUAGUAUGUACAAAUAACAUAACUAAGAUGUCUGCUGAAUUUAAUAGACAGAGACUAAAUGUGUUCUUGGUAUGUAGUGUAAGAACAGGAUUUAUUGAAACUAUACACAAUAUAACAAUGCCACUCAUAUCUCACUGAUAUGUCCCCUUUUUGGUCUCACUGCAUCUAUGAUAAUCAGUAUGAAAAUCUUAGUUUAGAUAAAAACCAGUACGUGGGAAAGAAACACAUGGUACUGUAAUGGUUAAAGAAACUACGUAUUUGCUAUUUGCAAAACAAUCCCAGCAACCCGUUUCACCCAUUACUACGUUCUCUACAAUACUGUUCCACCUCUUAUCUGUGCAGAUAAAACAAAGACAAGUUUGAGAGCAAACAGCCACAGAACAGAGCACAGUGUUAUCACAGGUGGCUGAAGGGUAGGUUACUUUCAAAUGACAUUUCGCCAACCACACCCCCUGACCCUCACAAGUGAGUGAACACUUGAACACAGUGAACAAUGAGCUGAAUCUUGAGAGAAAAGGCAGUGUUAGCUGUGGAAGUGGAUACAGCUGAGUGCCCUGCUUCCUCACAAAAAUGUAGUUAUUUAUACCUAAUUGAUCAAGAUCAUUAUUAUUAACUUAAAGGCAGGGUUGGUAACUAUUUCCAAUAAAGACUAUUUU